CAUCUCCCCAUGACCGGAUCAAUAUUAUUAGAUGGAGCUUGGACGGAGCCAAGCUUAUGCCAUACUGUGUGCAUAUGCUUGGAUUUCAUCAUGAUGCUGCAUUUGAUCCAGAACCCUGCUCUUCAUUACUAUUGUAGCGAAUAGUGCCGCUGCUAGAUCGAUGGUCGUUCCCAGCAGUAUUCCAUCCUUUCUCCUAGCACUAGUCCUCUAGUCAUGACGCCUACCCUCGUGGAAAGUAUUCCUGCUCCACCUCCCGCACAGUUUGAGCCCAGCGUUGUUCUGAAGCACCCACAAUCACAGCCGAAAACGCUUGUUCAAUCUAAAGUCGCGAUACAACCGUGGGUCACGCAGCUCACGCAUUUAGCUUCGCAAUACCACCUGAGCGAGUACAACCGCAUAAAGUAUGGUCGCCGAGGCUGUCCCAUUUCAUAUACGCCAUUAUCACUGAACGCGCCAGACACUCUUCGCGACCUACGCGACCGUCAGGCAACAAACAUGAAUGCUGUACUCUGGUGGCCAUGUCCAGAAGGGUCCUGCGCCACUGCGCAAGUGAUACCUACUUCUGAGCAGCGCGACGCACUCGUUAGCGGAAAUGUUUGUCCCGGCCUCGACCCACUCCGCCAAGAAGAGCUCAACGCAGCGCUCGAAGAUACCUUGUCGUCACAAAUAUUACCCACACCUAUCCCCGAAGGCACAUCACAUCGUAGCAUGUCCGUCAAGACGUCUCAGACGCAUCCUUUAAACAUAUCCACCAUUAUACCUCCGGAAUUAUUAUCUGCAGUGUCGUUGCAUCUUAUAACCAACCCCUCGCCCUCACCCAUCAUCUUCCAUAUACCUGAUUUUUAUACCCUACAUUGCAUCACAGGCUAUACACAACACAUCCCAUUAACAACGGGCACUACCUCUCUAGCGGUCUCGUGUAAGGCUCAAUCGCGCCUGCCAAGUCGAAUUUCGUCGUUACCCCCAAUACCACUACAUCCUGCCUCUCCGCGAGAACCUAUUCCUCAUACCCCUCCCCUCCCGAUAUCCUCAGCGUUUAUGGGCCAGCCACAGCAGUCUGUAGUGGAGGCUCUUCAGGCCGCGAUUGACACACGCUUAACGACACACGCGACCAAUGCUCGUCCUUCGCCGCCAUUCAUAAGGCUUCCUUCCUUUUCCUUUUCCUUCUCCUGCUCUAAACAGACUACCAAAGUUCGCGUGUUAUCUGAUGAUUUAGCGAGUAACCAGGCCUCGUCUGCACAAAGAGGAACUUCUGCUCUACCAAAGGUCGUCUUUCCUUCCGUGCUCGAUCUCGUUAAUUCUAGCGAACGAGAACAACUGGCCUUUUCCUGUGCACCGCAGAAUGCCACCAAGUUGAGAUCGUCGAGCGCAGUGCUCCGUCCAACAUCCAGUCAUGGCACCAAGCGCUCCUUCAAGCUGGGUAACUUGAUGCUAUCCUCGUGUCCAGGAAAGAAGGUUCGCCUUACAGGCCCGGUCAGAGGGCGCAGCGCCGUUUGUCGGGAUCUCGACGCCGAUUUACGGCGUAUAAGGGAAGCUGGAGCACGCUGCGUUGUCUGCUGUCUAGAUGAUGAGGAACUCGAGUUUCUUGGGAUACGCUGGUCUGACUAUGUGGGCUCUGCGCACCGGGCAGGAAUGGACGUCCUUCGGCAAGUAAUCCGUCGUCUCAUACCACUGCCUGAAGGCCUUGCUCCACUCUCACCCCAGUCAUUAGACGAGUCUCUCACAAGAAUCAUAGAGGGUUACACUAUGCGUGGUGCAAGUAUCCUCGUCCAUUGCCGCGGAGGCUUGGGUAGGGCAGGUCUCGUAGCAUGCUGUUGGGCACUGAAAGUCGGCUUGUGCGGGUGGAUCAACGUGGACUUAUCUCCAAACUCAGCAGAAGGCACGGAUGGCCUGGAGAAUCACGUGAGGAGGGAUACUUUACAGCUCGUCGAGCGCGCGAUCGCUGUUGUACGGAGGCGGCGAAGCGUGAAGGCUAUUGAGACGCUGGAACAGGUGCGGUUUUUGACUGAGUAUGUGGACUAUCUGAGGGAGGGGGUGGGGCGGGAGGGACAGUCAUGA